UUCACCAGAACGUUCUGGAUUGGAUCCGAAGCAACACCGCCGGCUGGAGAAACUACGCGAUGGUUUACAAACAGUCAUCGAUGUAGAGACUAUAAAUAGGGUUCCGGGGUCAUUCUAUUCACAUCUUGACAUUGGUUUUUAUUGAACAAGGCUGAAUAGAUUUCAAAGAAGGGCGCAUAUUUUUUUGAUUUCAUCUCUGAAAGGGCUCCAAUUUGUAGAUUUUGUGUUAAAAGAAACAAGGAAUAGACGAUGCAGAUAUUCGUGAAGACAUUGACAGGCAAGACCAUUACUCUUGAGGUGGAAAGCUCUGAUACCAUCGACAAUGUCAAGGCCAAAAUUCAAGACAAGGAAGGGAUUCCCCCAGACCAGCAGCGUCUGAUCUUUGCCGGUAAACAAUUGGAAGACGGCAGAACCCUUGCUGAUUACAACAUCCAGAAGGAGUCAACCCUUCACCUGGUCCUCCGUCUCAGGGGAGGAAUGCAAAUAUUUGUCAAAACCCUAACGGGCAAGACCAUUACUCUGGAGGUGGAGAGCUCCGACACAAUCGACAAUGUCAAGGCAAAGAUUCAAGACAAGGAAGGAAUCCCCCCCGAUCAACAGCGCCUGAUCUUUGCCGGUAAACAGCUUGAGGACGGUCGAACCCUUGCCGACUACAAUAUCCAGAAGGAGUCCACCCUUCACCUUGUGCUUCGUCUGAGGGGAGGAAUGCAGAUCUUUGUUAAGACAUUGACAGGCAAGACCAUUACUCUGGAGGUCGAAAGCUCUGACACCAUUGACAAUGUAAAAGCUAAGAUUCAAGACAAGGAAGGAAUUCCCCCAGAUCAGCAGCGUCUGAUCUUUGCCGGUAAACAGCUGGAAGACGGCAGAACCCUAGCCGACUACAACAUCCAGAAGGAAUCCACCCUUCACCUUGUGCUUCGCCUGCGCGGUGGUAUGCAGAUCUUUGUGAAAACCCUGACCGGCAAAACUAUCACUUUGGAAGUGGAGAGUUCUGACACGAUUGACAAUGUGAAGGCGAAGAUCCAAGACAAGGAGGGCAUUCCUCCCGAUCAACAGCGCCUCAUUUUCGCUGGGAAGCAACUGGAGGACGGCCGAACUUUGGCCGAUUACAACAUACAGAAGGAAUCCACGCUUCACCUCGUUCUGCGCCUACGUGGAGGGUUUUAAGUUUUCUGUAGAAUUCGCAACUCUGAUAUAUGUAUUCAAAUUUCUUAUUUAAAUAAAUAAAUAAAUCUAUAUUUCCUA